UCUUCUUGAUUGAUUCCAUGUAAUAUUCCCUUCGAUCAGCUAUCAAAUACCCAUUUCGCAGACAACAAACAAACUUGCGUUGAGAACCCGCUUUGAAAAUCCUUCACGAAUCACAACCAUCGUAUCAUGACAUCUUCUUCAAUUGAAAACUCAGUGGACAGCAGCUCUUGUUCUCUCUCUAGACUUGCUCCUCUCGAAGCAGUACUCUUCGAUGUUGAUGGAACUCUGUGUGAUACAGAUCCCAUCCACCACCAGGCUUUCAGUGUAAUGCUUCAAGAGAUAGGUUUCAAUGGUGGGGUUCCAAUUACUGAGGAAUUCUUUAUUGAGAACAUUGCUGGGAGGCAUAACAGCGACAUUUCUACACGUCUCUUCCCUGAUGAUUACGAACAGAGCAUAAAAUUCUUGGAAGAUAAGGAAACUAUGUUUCGAAGACUUGCAAAGGAUAAAUUGAAGCCGAUAGAUGGCCUUUACAAACUGACAAAAUGGGUUGAAGAUCAUGGUUUGAAACGGGCUGCUGUGACUAAUGCUCCUAAACCAAAUGCUGAACUAAUGAUCUCAGCUCUCGGACUUUCUGAUUUCUUCGAUACUGUUGUUCUUGGGAGUGAUUGUGAACGUGCGAAACCAUUCCCAGAUCCCUACUUGAAGGCUCUUGAAAUACUCAAGGUGUCAAAGGAUCACACUUUUGUCUGUGAGGAUUCUGUUUCUGGAAUUAAAGCUGGGGUGGCAGCUGGGAUGCCGGUUGUUGGUUUAAAGACCAGGAAUCCAGAACAUUUGCUGAUGGAAGCGAAGCCUGCGCUUCUAAUAAAGGAUUAUGAGGACCCAAAAUUGUGGGCAGCAUUGGAAGAGCUUGAUAGGAAGGCAGGCGCAGCUUGAGAUGAUUGUAUAUCAUCAUAGCAACUAGCGGAGUAGAAAAUACUGCAGAAAAAAUCAGAGGGCCACGCUGAAUAAUUAUAUAUGCUGGAGAGGAGCUGUUGCGUCCUUUUAAAUAAUUCGUAGACACAAUUUAUGAACUUAUUAUACCAUUAAUAUUGUUUAGUGAAUGAUGGUGGCAUGAAGAUGAGUUUUGGAAUCAUUACUAAUGGAAACACAUUCAGAUUCAAUCUCUCUGAGUGAAUGUCAAUGUUUUCUUCUGUAUUCCCUUGGACCCAAAGAAAUGGAAGUUGAAUAAUUUAUAAUAAUCAA